CGGUGCAAGUUAAGAUGCCUUGCAGCAGCACUCACAGUUCUGCUGAUGAUUGUGCAGCUUAACAGCGAACAAGCCACAUCAGCCAGCAGCAGCAGCACAGACCAUGCACAGCACUUGCGCGAGACUGGAGGCGGUUCUCGGGGCCGUUCAGCAGACCUCGCAUCGUAUAUAAGAGAGGGGCCAGCGAGCAAUCGCAACACAUCCUUCCUUGUCACACCUCCUUCCACACAUUUCGGCACACCUCGCCGCACAACAACGCAUCACGAUCAACACAUAGCGCACACAAAUCAAUCCACGUAACCAUGUCCGCCAAAGUAGCAGUUCUGGUCUACAGCCUGUACGGCCACCAGGUCACCCUGUCCAAGCAGGUCGAGGCAGGUCUCAAGGCCGCCGGCGUCGAGUACACGACUUUCCAGAUCGAAGAGAUCCUUUCCGAAGAAGUCCUCACCAAGAUGCACGCAAACAAGAGUCUGACUUCGGAUUUGCCCAAGAUUGACCCUGAAACCCUGACCCAAUUCGAUGGCUUCGUCAUCUGCACCGGUACUCGUUAUGGACGCGUCCCCGCUAGCGUCAGCGCUUUCUUCGACAAGACCGGCGGGCUGUGGGCGUCGGGCCGUUUGGUCGGAAAGCUGGCCACCUUGGUCACAUCGACCGCCAGCCAGCAUGGCGGUGCUGAAACCACCGCCUUGACCACUGUGCCAUUUUUUGCGCACCACGGCAUCAUCUUUGUGCCUCUGGGCUUCACUACACCCGAACUCGGCAAGGUGGAUGAAAUCAUUGGCGGCAGCGCGUACGGUGCUGCCACCAUUGCUGGUGCCGAUGGCAGUCUUCAACCCAACGAGGCCGACCUGAAGGUUGCCCACCAUCACGGGUCGCACUUUGGCAAGACUGUCGCUCAGUUCGUCGCUGGACGUAAGUAAGCCCGUGUGUGGCACCCGAUCAUCAAGGUGUGCGCAGCAAGUUUGAAAGCGUAGCCCAUAAAGGUGGUCUGACAAAGCGAAUGGCAUCAACGAUGGAUGUUGGAGGGUGUGUCACUCUGCAUUCGUGCAACUGAAUGCUGCCGGCUUUUUACUCAAUCGCGAUGUCUGCUCGCCCGUUUUACUUGCUGCUGGCUGUGGCAUUCGUGAUUGUGGUGGCGCUGGACGGCGCGCGUGGAAGGCAAACGUCAUCAGCUAGUCUGACGAGAGAGUCUUGAGUGCAUGGUCUCGGUACGGUGAUUCACUCACACUGUACAACACGCACGUGAUGGGUCUUUCAGCGUCGGAAUGCGGGUCUCAAUUCGGCAGGCCUUGUUUUGGGGAGGGGGCGCGGGAG